UGUCCGCUUGUCACUUCAACUGGGAACGUCAAGUUAUGAUCAAUGUUUUGGUUGAUCGUAAUUUGUUGUCAUUUUUCGCAGUUUACAGAAUCAAGAAUACGAUAAUUUGGACUACGCCUCUAACCAUUCGAGAAAUUUGUGUUUCCGUGAUAUAAAGCAAUGACUAUACACAAUCUAUAUAUUUUUGACCGCUAUGGCACAUUGCUUUAUUACGGAGAAUGGAAUAGAUCAAAACAAUCUGGAAUGUCGAGGGAGGAGGAGGGAAAACUAAUGUAUGGAAUGCUGUUUUCAAUCAAGUCAUUUGUAGCUAAAAUAUCUCCAUUGGAUCCGAAAGAUGGCUUUAUGAACUAUAAGACAUCUAAGUACACCCUUCACUGCCUGGAGACACCAUCAGGCUUGAAAUUUGUCAUGAAUACUGAUAACCAAGCCCAAGGUGUAAGGGAAUUAUUAAAGAAGAUUUAUGGAGAAAUAUAUGUCAAGUAUGCUGUAAGGAAUCCCCUGUGUGGCAUUGGAGAGCCCAUCACUAGUGAACUAUUUAAAAACAAACUUGAUGCCUUUGUAAAACAAACACCUAUACAUGUUAGAGCCUCUUGAUAAAUUGUUAUUGUUCUCUAAAUUGUAAUUAAGUUUAUUGUAUCUAUGUUAUAAGCUUCAUUGUUGGUAACCAAGUCAUUUAGUACAUUUAUGUUUAAGAAAUAUAUUUAAAUUAUGAUGUA